AUGUCUUGCGAUCAAUUGACGGAACACCGAUUAUCACUUUCUGCAGUCUGCAAUACUUCCAAUACGGAAGUAUACUAAACAAACGUUUAAUUUCCUUGUGAGGAAGUAGAAAGAAAAAAAAAAUCAUAAAUUUUCGCAGCUGGAGUCACUUUUUGAGGAGUUGGUGAUGAACGGCAUCGUGCACAAGUAUCCGGCCGUAAGCCUGAGCUCGUUCAAAGGGGAUACUUCGCUGGCUGGUUGUGACGUGAUAAGAUGGAACAAUGACCCGAACCCGACCCUGGGCGACGUCCGGCAGGCGGUCAGGGACUGUUGCGUGCUGCCGAUGUUGAGCCGGGAGAUACACCAGUCCAGCCCGAUCGUACGUUCGGUCCUGAUCGCUGGCGUUCACGGGUCCGGCAAACACACCCUGGCCAACGCAGUGUGUACCGAGUUGGGCGCUACGCUGUUUGACCUGACGUCGGCUAACAUCGUCGGCAAAUAUCCCGGUAAAUCGGGAUUGACUAUGUUGUUGCAUCUCGUUAACAAAGUCGCCAGGUCGGUAACACCAUCAUUGACUUUAGAAUGCGUGCAUAAUAUGAGCAAAAUGCCAAGUUUAAAUGUUAUUUUUUUUAAACAUGUUUUGAAAUGCCGAAUGAAUUAUUCCGAUUUUCGUUAAAAUGUGAUCUAAAUCAUUUUUUUCCGAUUAUAUUAUGAAAACUGCUUGGAAAAUUAAAAUAUGACCUCCGCAGUGCAUUCACUAGAAACAAAAUACUACAAAACAAAGUCUUACGCUAUUUAUUAUUUGAUUUCUAGUAGAAAAUUCGGUUACAGAAUAUUUAAAAAAAAAAAACAUAUACAUAAUAGUCAAAUCAAUACAUUAUUCGCUUCGCUCAGAAUCUAAUAUUAUGUUUUUAUAAUGGUACAUAUGUAUUAUUUUUUUAUAUACUUUUUAUAGAUAACAUUACGAGUAUGUGCUAUCGUUUUUUAAUAAAACGUAAUACAUAAUAAAAGUAGAUACAAAAUACUAUAAUAUUGUCAUCGACAACUGUUUAACUUUCGCGACAAGUCUUAGAGAGUACUCAUUAUUAUUAAAUUCUGUAAAUAUUAUUUUUUUAUGUUUCUAAUAAAUAUUUACGGGCAGCCCGAUACAAAUUACGGUCUUUAAAAAUAAAGAUCACCUUCCCUUAUACAGGUAUUAUAUAUUACACUUUCAUGUAUAAAUAACGAAUGACUUUGAAUUUGCAACACAUUUUUGAAUAAGUUGAGUAAGUAGAAAGUAGGUGGUAGGUACUUAUUUUUACUUUUUUCUUAAUGACGUUGGCGAAACAUGCUGGUGACUAGGCUAUAUUCGUAAAAAACAAUUAAAUAUUUUAUUAACAAUUUAAAUUAAUACGACAAACAUGAUGUACCUACCUAAUUAGAAUUAGUUAUUAGUUAUUACUAUUAUGCUACGGAGUAAUAGAGUGAAAAAUUAUCGGCUUUAGAAUUAAUAUUGAUGUGUACAAAACAUGUUUAUAUAAAUAUUUUAACAUAUUAUAAUAUGUGAAUUUAAAAACGCUUCUUAUUCAACUAUUACAUAGUAAUUGUGUAUAUUAAUUGAUAAAUCAUUACAGGUUGCUGCAGCCAUCGGUGAUAUUUAUUGAAGACGCCGAGAAGACGUUCAUGAAGAAAGUACCAAAAACCGACAAGACAGACCCGAAAAGAUUGAAAAAGGACUUGCCCAAGCUCGUCAAGGCUAUUGCUCCGACGGAUAGAGUUCAGUACAUUAUAUUAAUUUAAAAUUUUAGUUUUACAAAUUAUUUUAUGCCUAUACAGUUUCAUAAUUUUUUUUUUUCAUUAUAUUUUAAAUUCCGAGUGUAGCGAAGAAUGUGUUAUUUUUUAUAUAGAUAUUUUUUUUUAUCUGUGAACAACUUUUCUACCAGAAAUCUUGCUCCUAUUCCUAUAGUACCUUUUCUGAAAGGACAUUUUAUUUGGGUGGUACAAGAAGUAGAUAAUUUUUGAUUUUUCAGCGGUUUUCAUAAUAAUUAUGAAAAAGCUUAGAAAAAAUGGGAAAAUGUACGUAUCUACAUAAUAUAUAAAAGACACUUGGCUCCUAAUCGUUUUUCGUUAAUAAAUUAAAUUCCUCUUUAUAUUCUACCUUCCCAACAUCUCACCUAUAACAGUGGUCCACUCAUUGUACGAAGUAUGUCCGUCUUUUGAAAUAUAAAAUCGGCAUACUCAUAUCUAUAUAAUUUAAAUAUGUAUGUCUACAGAUAUUGUUGCUCGGAAUUUCCUGUUGUCCCUGGGAUUGCGAUCAAAAAUCUCUAACGGCUACUUACGGAAAAAUAAUCGUCAUACCUCGUCCAGACUAUGCUAGUCUAUAUCACAUAUGGAACGAUUUACUGUUCCAGUACAGCGGUCUUAGCCGAAAAUUCGACGUCAGUACGUUGGCAAAAUUAUCUGACGGCUACAGCGUGGGAACUAUAAUAAAAGUACUCCAAGAGGUAUGGGUAUAUUGUAUAAUUCAUAUAAUAUGUAGGUGGGCGUGGUAUUUUAUGUGUUUUGAUUGAUUACUAAACCAUUAAUUUAGUUAGGGAACUCUUACAAAUAUCUAGGUAUUCUUAUCCAUAUCCUUAUCCCUAUCUGACUAUACCUAUUUCUAUCAGUAGGGAUCCUAGAUUUAUUUAUUUUAAAUUCGAGACCAUAUUAUAGACACUUAAUAUUAUUAUUAUGUGUUUAUGUACGGGAUAUUUUAAAUUUAUAUAUGCUAUGACAAAUAGGUAAUGAGGGGAGAGGUCAAGACAUAACUCUCAGAACUAGUCUGUACGUCGAAAAUGUUUUUUAUUUAUUAAAAUAAUAUUAAAACCAAAUUGACAUAAUAUAUUAACAUAAUUAAAAAAUUUAAUUUGUCUACAGUGAUAAUGCCGAUCUCGUGUGAAAAAAACCUUAAAACCGUACAAAUAUUAUGUUAAAAAAAAGUAAUUUGUAAUUUAGGAUAUCCAAUAAGUGAAAUAUACGAGUACAAGAGAUAAUAAUAUUAAAACACUAAUUUGUUAGAAUUGAAUUUUCGUUAUAAAUUAUUAUUCAUUUUGAAGUUUUAUACCAAGUGAAAUAUUUGGUUGCUAUGGCCUGACCACUCAUUUUCUUCACAUGUCCUUUUAUCUCCUUUAAUAACCUAAAUAACUUUUAGUCACUUUUUUCAAUUUACCUACCUCUCUCCGAUUUUUAUUUAUAUACUUAAGUAUUUACUGUUUUUGAGUUUUUGACUACCUUUAAAUUAAAUAUUAUUAUUGUUAUAGGUAAUGACAUGCAAAAGAGUGUUGCAAUUAACAAUUCGUCCGUUGAUGCACGUUGAAAUACUGAACACACUCGCACGUCAUGAUCCUGUUUACAAAGAAGAAGAAGAAGCGUUCAAUCAGUGGUAUUCAAGAACGCCCUUAGGUCGUAGAAAACAAAAGGCAUUGGAUGCUGAAGAGGAAAGACGUAUACUUGAAAAUGAAAAACAUUCAGUUACUAAAUAA